CUUCUGGAUUCCAACCCCGCCUCUGCCUUCUGGAUCGCAACCCAGCGACCAGGAUCUACGAAACACAGGUUCUAAUUCCACCUGGCCCCUACUUAGCGUAGGUCCUUGUUCCAAGAUGCAUCGACAAGGUCAACCUAUUUUCCGACAUAUUCCCCAAUCAAGAACAGAUCUCUCGCCUAAAUCGUGCGAGGCACUCGACAAGGACGGUUCAGAAUGCAAGCGGAUGCUCCAGAAGCCGCAGUAUGACUUCUGCUCUGAGCAUUACUUUGAAAAAAAAAAGCUCUAUGCGAAGUAUAAGCAGACACAGGCCGACUACGAGGCCCGGCGAGGCCUAGCCAGCAAUCUUAGCGUUGAUGCCAUGGAAGAGAUAGUACGACUUGGGGACAAGGUCGUAGCCAUGAGAGACGAGGUCAAUCGCCGUUUCUUCAGCAGGGGGGCAGGAAACAACAGGGGUCAUAUUCAACAGAUUCUGAAGAUCAAGAAUGAAGUUGAUCGCCUCAAAACCCUGAUCGCCUCGCGACAACCUGAAUCGACGAAUUUUGCGGCUGAUGAAGAACCAGCCUUAACAAGCGCAGCAGCGACAGAGGGCCAGACUAGGGUAUACCGGUCUCUUCUUUCCCCUGACGUUCCCCUGUCGGAACUCAAUCAUCUCCCAAGAGACCAUCCCGUCGUCAUUAUAAGGGAAUUUACAGACGCCAUCCGAAAUUCUCAAGUCGACAAAAUCUACAAGAUAUUCCCAUCCUUGAACGAUUCCACCGAGCUUAUCCAUGAUCCAGAGGAGGGAACGGAAAGAGCGCCAGACAAAGGUGAUCUGGUAAUUCACUAUAUCUUCCGAGAAUUCUUGGUCUGGACGGAAAACACAGAGGUUCUUGCGAUAGCAAGCAAGACCGAGACGAUUGAUACCUUCCUCCGCCACUCGACGACGGAGCUGGACAACUAUAUCAAGUUUCUUGAAGCGUUUAAAUCAGGUAGACCCGAUACCUCUCAUUUUCUUCGGGAUGCGAUUUGCGAUUAUCUCUUGCCUCAGGAUGCGCCUUGCAUCACCAUUCUCGGAGCUAGAAUCGCAUCCGAGCCCUGUCAGCGAAGAAUGGGUAUUGAUGGAUGGGAUAUCUUAUACCAAUAUUUCUCCCACGAGGAUACAUGGAGAUACCUUGAGCAGUACAGUGUCAUGUACGAUGAUCUGCUACUGGCCAAAAAGCUAUGCACGCUGCAUAGAUACGACAACCCAGGAGACGAGGGUCCAUCCUGGCUACACCCUGAUGAUGAUGUAUCUCAGGAAUGCGGAAUGGCUCUUCUUUUGGGUUUUGUUGCGCAAACAAAAGGCUUCUGUGAUCCAAAGAAGCCAUUCACUAAUAGGGUCGACGGAAGUAUAACGGAAAAACAAACCCGGAACUACGUGGCCGGACGCAUGAGCAAGAACGAUCCCCUGGCACAGAAGCUUAUCCAAGAACUUUCAUCGAGAGUAGUGCGAUUACUUGUCUUCGUAUAUGACCGAGAGACAAGGAAAUCUAUUAUCGAAACUGGAGAUAUGGGCCAUAACUGGAUCAGUCGCACUCGGACGGCAUGCAAUCAGAAACAACUGGUAGACGCACCGUGGGAAAUCGAGUGGUCAGUAAAGAAUAUUCUGGACGACCUGGAGCUCAUUCGAUCAAUUCGUGACCGAAUGACGGGCAGGAACUACUACGAAUUCAUCAUCAUCGAUAGGAACGAUAGGCCAAAGUUCGACGUGCUCGAGUGUGUGGCAGAUGCACUCAUGCAACUUUCUGGGAACUUGUCGGGCCAGGGCGUUCUUGUGAAAACUGUCCGGGAUGUCAUUCCAUCUGCGGAGCAAGAUAGGUUCCUGAAGGCAGUAGUCGGAGAAGUCCCCCCCUCUUGGCGACUGUCCACAAGUGUUCCUCACGUUGAGUACGAGGGUAAUCGACUCAGAGCAUGGGAUAUUCAGAGAAAUCACCCCAACAUUGUUGAGGACAAAAAAGACAAGCACAGAUGGGAUAACCGAGAAAACAACAUUCUAUCAGGAAUUCUCUCCAGUAUGGAAGGAGCCGGUGUUAUCUCCAGAGCAGUGAAAUUUGAAAGACCCCAUGCUACCGCGAAACUGCUGAUGGCAGUCGACGGACACGAGGAUUUGUAUUGGGACUAUUCAUCCAUCUCUGGCGGAGCGCUUGAAUUCAAUACUCGACUUGGCGAACUCAGACUCCACAACACCGCAAGCAAGGUACUUUGUAACGCAACGUUAAGUCUCGACGGAGACGGUCUGCGCCGUUUUGCAAAAGCUUUCAAGGACGGAAAUCCAGCUGCUGUGUUCGCGAAGGGCAUGAUUCACACAAACUACUGCGCGUGGCCAUUGCCUCAUAUGAGCGACAACCCCGUAUUCGCUGACCUCAACUUCUGCACCCCUGACGGUCAUCUAUACAAGUGGAAGAGUCUACCAUUCGAUUUUCCUACAUCAUUCGAAUCAUGGCAGUACUAUCUCCACUGCGAAAUCAAUUGCAAGCUGCCGUUUGUUCGAGCAACCCAGACAACUUUCAUCAUCUGUGCCUCGACUGCGGCCGAGGCAGAAACUAAUGUAGACAGACUUCUGGUUGUUGCGGAAAAAUUAGGUUGGAGGCUAUCGUUUCCUAUGACUCACCGGUGGACGAGUGAAUUGAACGUGCUUGACGCUGAAGUGUUAUGGAAGGGAAUCCAGCCGCUUGCAGCACAAUUACUGUAAGGCAUUGAUACAUACGAUUGUUUCAAAUUGAAGGCUUGUGCAGGAUACCUAUCAAUCUUGAUAUUUACUUGCAGUCUGCGAAGCGGUACCAAAAGCGCAGGGCCCAUUUAAGGCCGCUGGAAUUGGUGCCGGGAAUAAGCAAGCAACCCAGCGACACCCAUCCGGGAAGGAGGGUACCUGUCACAGCGGUAUGCUUGACCUGCAGCUACUUUGUUUUUGCUGUGGCCUUGUAGUGGCGGCGGACACGAGAUUGACACGCGCGGGUUUCAAGCUCGGCUAUUUUCAGCCGCU